GGGUGGCUUUCAGAUGGCCUGGCUUUGGCCUAAAUAGGGUGGCCAUUCCAGGUGACGCAUUUUAGUGUAGCCUCUAUUUAAAUAUGGAGUUCUUUCAGUGGAGAGUAAAGGUGCUCCUCCUCUGUGUCUGGUUUACACGGCUCCGCGAGACCAAAGGGCCCCUCGGUCUCCUUGAGCAGCCUGGCACUCUGCACAGAGGAUCCAGGAACGGUGUCAUGGAGCCACAUUCUGCACAGACUUGAUGACGUGGAGGGAGCUGCCUGGAUCACUUCAGUGCAUCAGUUGUGAUGGGAGAGCCAAGGCACUUGAGGGCGGGAUUGCGUCUGGCCACCUGUUGCCUGCCACCUGAAGGGAAGAUUUCCCCAGUGCUCACAGUGAGGAUGGGACUGGAAGAGCGUUGGUUUCAGGAAGGUGCAGGUUCCGGCUCCUGCCCACUGCGAACAUGCUGAUGGGCCAGGGCAACUCUUUGGUCUUUGUGAGCUUCAGUUUUCUUAUCUGUAAAUGAGAACAAUAAGACUGACCCCAGCUGUUGCUGAGGAAUGAUGUCUUUGCUUUCGUGUCUGGUAUUUCUUAGAGCCUCAUUUUACAGAUGAGGAAACUGAGGCUGGCUGCGUGCUCAGAGGGUUUGCUGAAGGCCUCACAGCCGCUUAGCACAGGUGGGACUUUAAGCCAAACUUGAGACCAGAGUCUGUUUCUCCUCACUGCCCUGCCGAGGGAGCAGAUGGGGGGUGGUGGGGGAGGUGAACGUCACCCCUGGCGUCUUCUCUAGCUCAGGGGCCAGGAGGCAUCUCAUCUUUAAAGUAGGAAUGACAACCGGCAGGCCCUCGGUACUCAGCUGUGCUUUACCGAAGAGCGGCAGGUCCUGACGCCGUCUCCUCUCAGGAGUGGGGUGGCGGCGUGCUCAGCUGAGGAGCCAGGUGGCAGUCAGGCUUGGCUUGGCCUGCCCAGAAGCAGGGCUGUGGCAGGACCUUGGACACGUGGCUUCCACUGUUUGAGACUUGGUGAAAUGGGGGUCAUGAUGCCCUUCACUUGAGCAUCUGGGAAUUAAGUGGGUGAACAGUGUGACCUCUGGCACCUGGGUUCUCAGGUGAAUUCCUCAUGGCAUCACAGCAGUGUGUUGAAAUAGGAGCAGAUACGUUACCUCCGCUUGAAACUGGGACGCAGAUGGAUGGACUACCUGAGAGUUGUAGAUAACAUUUUCCUGUUCAUGGGGUGGAGGACCUGGCCCUGAGAGGACAGGAUCCCUCCUGCUCCUGCCAGACCAGAGACCCAGGACAGGGCGUGGAGCAGACAAGGUGCCUGGGCGGGGGAACCCUGAGGGAUCCACAGAGGAUGCGGUCCUUGGAGGGAGGACAUGCAGUGCCACGUGCCAUGGGCCAGCCAGUGGACCCCAUGGCCAGCAAGGCUGCUCCUGGGGCCAGUGGGGUGGACAGUGCCGCUCACGCAGGUGACUGAGGUGCCAGAGUGGGAAUGAAAACGCGGCCUGUGCUCCUGGGCCCAUGCGUCUCACGCUGCCCUUCCGCUCCACGGAAGCCUGUGUACCUGCUACUUUUUCCUGAACAAUUCAUGUUACAGAAUGUCUGAAGGGGACAGUGUGGGAGAGUCCGUCCAUGGGAAACCUUCGGUGGUGUACAGAUUUUUCACAAGACUUGGACAGAUUUAUCAGUCCUGGCUAGACAAGUCCACACCCUACACGGCUGUGCGAUGGGUCGUGACACUGGGCCUGAGCUUUGUCUACAUGAUUCGAGUUUACCUGCUGCAGGGUUGGUACAUUGUGACCUAUGCCUUGGGGAUCUACCAUCUAAAUCUUUUCAUAGCUUUUCUUUCUCCCAAAGUGGAUCCUUCCUUAAUGGAAGACUCAGAUGACGGUCCUUCGCUACCCACCAAACAGAACGAGGAAUUCCGCCCCUUCAUUCGAAGGCUUCCAGAGUUUAAAUUUUGGCAUGCGGCUACCAAGGGCAUCCUUGUGGCUAUGGUCUGUACUUUCUUCGACGCUUUCAACGUCCCGGUGUUCUGGCCGAUUCUGGUGAUGUACUUCAUCAUGCUCUUCUGUAUCACGAUGAAGAGGCAAAUCAAGCACAUGAUUAAGUACCGGUACAUCCCGUUCACACAUGGGAAGAGGAGGUACAGAGGCAAGGAGGAUGCCAGCAAGGCCUUCGCCAGCUAGAAGCGGGACUGAGGCCGCCUCACGUGUUGCAAGAACAGUUUUCAGCCAUUGUUAACAAUGCCUUUUUUCUUCACAUAAAGUAGUUGAUUACGAGGGAGUCAAAUUUUCUUUUUAAAAAGGAGCUUCAAUGAUUUGUAACUGAAAUAUCAGGUUCUAGAAGAAACUGGCGCUUAAACCAAAUCGCAUGGAUUUCUUUUUCAGUGACGUUCAAGUGUUUCUCACGGAUGGAAUUCUAGUCAGCUGCAGGCGGGAAGCCAGGCGGGUGGAGCCCAUGGGAGCAAGGGCGAGUGGCCGGUCCCCGCUGUGCCAGGUGGGCAGGCAGGAGCAAGGCCUGCGAGGGAGGAACGGGCCGCUCCCCGCCAGCCGCCUUCCCCAGCAGCCGCAGGUGGUGCCAGCCACUCCACAGAGCCCGAGGGAUGAUCUAGCCUGAUUCCUGCGUGUCCGAAAGAACUUAACGUUUUAAAGGUGAUUGUCAAGUAACUGUGUGGGGUUCUAAUGCCAGUUUCCUAAUUCCAUCUCACUGGAGAUGUUUAAAGUUGGCCUCUAUCCUAAUGACUCAAAACUUUGUUCUUAACUACUAUGAUUGCUUUUGAGGGCCCGGAAUUAUAAAUAUAUAUUAUAUUUUAAUUGUUUGAGAUUAUUUUGACACAUUUCCUUGAUACGUAGAGUGUUUUGUUUUUAAUUUAAAUCUGUCCUCAUGCAACCCUCCAUGAGGGGCAGCGAAGCUGGCAGGGAGCAGACGGCUUUGUAGGUUCAGCACUCGGCCCCCCACUGCGGGAGAGGCGGAACCCACUUGCAUGUCAGCGUUUUUGAUUCGAGAAAAGAAAUACUCUCAACGUUUUACCAAGUGAUUUUACCUCCACCUUUACUAAAGUCUUUAUCUAAAACAUGGCAGUCGCUGGACACAGGAAAGCCCACCUUUUGUUUGGCCUUUUCGAAAGGUGACCCAUAUUGCACAGCAGAACAUCCCAGCUGUGGUCCCAGAUGAGACGCUGACAUGCGAGUGAAGGCCUCUCCUCCUGGGCCCCGGGCUGCGCAGGCUCCUCACUCUGGGCGGUGUUUCCUGUCUCAGAAUUGACACGGUGAAUGCUUAGUGUCUGGAUUUUCUUGUGCCAGUGUUUACAUAUCUGACAUCGAGCUCUUCUAAGAGGCCAUGUUCAAGCUUGUGUGUCCCUGACCCAAGAUAGCCAGUGCUGCUCCCAGGUGGUACUUCUGGUACCGUGUUGAGACACUUGGGAUUCUCAGACUGCGGACAGGAGUGUUUGUCAUUUUUCAUACUGUUUUCUUAAUAAGCGCUCAGGCCUAAGGUGUGACAGGAAGUCGCAUGCGCUUGGCCAGAGCACAGUGAAGCAAAGGACUGGGUGCUGAUGGAUGGAGCCACGGCGGCAUCUGCCCACCCGGCCGCAGCCCCCAGUGCCUCUCCUGGUGGUCCUCCCAGUCUAGAGGGUCACAGCCCCCCCGCCCUCCUCCGUCUCUGGCAAGCUGACCUUGACUAACCCAGGAAUACAGGGUCAUCCUCAUUCCUAAGUAAGUCAAACAGCAAGACAUGGUUUGCGCGGGUCUUUGCUGGAAGCCGGUCCUGCUGGCCAGGUGUUUUACGUCAGCAGGCAAAUGUGGCACACACCCUCGAGGCAUUUUAACACUGCGCUUCAGGAAAUCUCAAGUUCCAUCUUGUGUUAGUAACGUACCCACAUUUUGCUGGAGUUAGUUUAUUAAAGAUGCCUACGGCGAACUCUCUGGCGCAGGUUAAAUGCAGUUUUGAAAACCUGGAAACAUCAAAUGGAGGCGGGAAAUAGGCUGGGGCCGAGCUGAGGGGCUGAACACAGCAGUGACCAUGGGUCAGCAGGUCGCCUGCCCAGCAGGCCCCCAGGAGAGGGCUCGGGCGCCCCUGGCAGCCCCCAUACCCCCAGGACCUGGCUCGUGAGUGCGUCUGGGUCAGGAAGAGACCUCUCUGUGCGUCUCAGGCUGAGAUGCAGAUUUCUGUUUUCUAAAACUGGAAGCGACCUUGACGUGUAUUGAAGGUGUGCGUGCCAAAUGCUUCCGACGGAGGUGCUGGCCUUGGUUGGUUUCUCUCUGCCCCGUGUGGUCAAGUCCUGGGGGAUGUGCUCUGCCCAGCCACCCUCGGGGAGAGCAGCGCCGCCUCCCAUGGGGCCGUGGGGCUGCUGUUCUCACCGCACUGGCUGAAGCCACCCGCCAGCCUCCGUGCCCCACCCCACCCAGCACGCACUCAUUCAGUCCAUUGCCUUAACACAAGCCUGAUGAGGCCAUUUUCUCACAAUAUAAACGAAUAAAGUGUCUUCUGGCCUA